UCCAUCCCUUCUAGGAAGGAAAAAUUUGAUGAAACUUUCCCAGAGAAUGAUCAAUGGAUUUUGUUCUAGCAUCAAUCCGGCUGAUGGUCAGCAGGACAUGAUUUCUAAGAUAGAUGAUUUAGAAAUACAUACGACAUUUAGGAAGUGCACCGAUCUGGUUUACCCUGACAGCGUGGUUCUUAGCGCAGCAGCUACCACUUGGUUCCCCUCUGCUCCCCUGAGUAUUUUCAAUUUCUUAAUAGACGAGAAGUGUCGGCCUCAGUGGGAUGUUAUUACUGAUAUUGGUUGGGUCCGAGAGGCUGGCCGCAUUGGAUUUCAUUCGGGGAACUGUAUCUCCCUUCUCGAGGCUUUCAGUACGGGGCAGAACAAGUUGAUACUUCAAGAAAGCUGGACAGAUCCAUCAGGUGCCCUUGUUGUGUACUGCCCUGUACCCCUACCUGCCAUAAAGGCAGUCAUGAGUGGUGAAGACCCCUCCAUCUUAUCCCUAUCUCCGUCGGGCUUCGUGAUAUCCGGAGCAAUGUCAGGUGGAGCACUUGUUACAGUUCUGCUACAAAUGUCUGAGAACAGUGCAACUCCAGGCAGCAUGAGCCUGGAGUCUGCAAAUUUACUCAAUACUUGUGUGGGAAUUACCAUAGAUAAACUAAAGGCUGCUUUGAGUUGAGCUACUUCUUCAAGUUGUAGACUGCAUUUUCGUAGAUGUUAUUGCAUGGAUCUGUGAUGCCAUGUAAAAGGGGAUAUCUUUUUAUGGAGUUGAUUGAGAACUCUUGAGUUUUUGUCAUCAGCAUUGCUGAAGCAGACUUAUUGCUUGAUGCUUUUUCAUCUGUUGGAUUUUACUUAUUUUAUUUUUAUCAGACUUCACAUAUUUUCA